AUGGGCUUAGGCUGGAGUAGUGCGGAGGAGCGGCAGCCCCUUCUGCCGCCGCCGCCACAGCAGCAGCAGCAACGGCGGCGGCCGCGGGAGCCGAGGGGGGCCCCGGCGCUGCCGGCGGCGGUGCCGGGGCCGGUGCGACGGCUGCCGCCGUUGGCGGGUCGCGUCUAUGGGCGGCGGUGGCUGGUGCUGCUGCUCUUCUCGCUGCUGGGCUUCGCGCAGGGCCUGGUGUGGAACACCUGGGGCCCCAUCCAGAACUCGGCCCGCCUGGCCUUCGGCUUCAGCGGCUGGGAUAUCGCCCUUCUCGUCUUCUGGGGGCCCAUCGGCUUCGCACCCUGCUUCUUCUUCAUGUGGCUCAUGGACAAGAAGGGUCUGAGGGUAACUGUGUUGCUAACAUCCUGUCUCAUGGUACUGGGAGCUGGCCUGAGAUGUGUUCCGGUUUCAGACCUAGAAAUCAGGAAGAAGCUUAUCCACGGAGGGCAGCUGCUAAAUGGCUUGGCAGGGCCAACUGUGAUGAACGCAGCACCAUUUCUUUCCACCACCUGGUUUUCUCCAGAUGAACGUGCCACAGCAACAGCCAUCGCAUCAUUGCUCAAUUACCUGGGUGCUGCUGGUGCCUUUCUAGUGGGACCUCUUGUAGUGCCAUCUCCUAAUGGAACAUCUCAUCUCCUGCUGGUAUCACAGAGCAACACUGAACACAUCAAGGACCGCAUUGAGGCUGUGCUGUAUGCAGAAUUUGGAAUGGUUUCCCUGAUAUUUUCUGCAGCAUUGGCCUACUUCCCCUCACGCCCUCCAUUCCCUCCCAGUGUGGCUGCAGCAAGUCAACGACUUAGCUACAGAAGAAGUUUUUGCAGGCUCUUAAGCAAUUUCCGAUUCUUGAUGAUUGCUUUAGCCUAUGCUAUACCACUGGGUGUUUUCUCUGGCUGGUCUGGUGUUCUGGAUUUGAUAUUGACACCAGUUCAUGUAAGCCAAGUAGAUGCAGGGUGGAUUGGAUUUUGGUCUAUAGUUGGAGGUUGUGUUGUUGGCAUAGCAAUGGCAAGAUUUGCAGAUUUUAUCAGGGGCAUGCUGAAGUUUAUACUGCUGCUGCUUUUAUCUGGAGCAACAUUAGCAUCAACCUGGUUCACUCUCACCUGCCUAACUAGUGUCACUCAUCUGCCUUUAACCACAGCUACACUGUACACAUCCUGCAUUUUGUUGGGUAUAUUCCUCAACAGCAGUGUACCAAUAUUCUUUGAACUCUUUGUGGAGACAGUGUACCCUGUUCCAGAAGGAAUUACCUGUGGAGUUGUCACCUUUUUGAGUAAUGUGUUUAUGGGAGUGCUUUUGUUUUUCCUCACGUUUUACCAUACAGAGUUUUCCUGGUUCAACUGGUGCCUGCCAGGAUCAUGUCUGCUCAGCCUGCUUCUCAUCCUGUGCUUCCGUGAGUCCUACGACAGACUCUAUCUCGACGUCGUCGUCUCUGUGUGAUAACAGUGGACUGGUGAGAGAUUGGAAGAGA